AUGACCGCACAGCAGCACUACUUCUACGGAACCGGCAAGAGGAAGACGGCGAUCGCCCAGGUGAGGUUGUACCCGGGGCGCGGCGGGAUAACCGUCAACGACAAGCCUCUGGAGGAGGCCUUCCCUUGGGCUGCCUGGCAGGCGGUUGUGCUUGAACCGAUGAAGGUUACGGACAGCCAGAGCAAGUUCGGAGUGACGGCCAAGACCCACGGCGGCGGAGUGAACGGCCAGGCCGCGGCUCUGCGACACGGCAUCGCCCGCGCCCUUCUGGCCUCGGACGAGGGCCUCAGAGGCGUUCUGAGGCAGCACGGGCUUCUUACCAGGGACUCCAGGAUAAAAGAGAGCAAGAAGUACGGCCUCAAGCGCGCUCGAAGGGCGCCCCAGUACACCAAGCGAUAA